CUUUUCCUUUAUGACCUUUCCUUUUUUUCCCACAAGGCCUCUAGUUACCAGUUCAGUCUCCAGAGUUCCACCCAAUGGCAGUUUAUCGGAAGAAAAGUCCAGUUGUGCUUAACUAUGGACAUCCCCGAGUCUACCCCCAUAAAAUGUAAGAUCAAACUCCCAUUUAACGGCACUGCUAUAAUGCGAAUCACAGAAGUCCAGUUCGUUGCCGUCAGCAAACACCUUACCGCCAGCAUCAACACAACCACACUUAUAUCUUCCGCAAAUGAUGAUGUAAAUGAUAUUGGUUGGAUUGACCUUGGAAAUGUCACGCGCGGCUCAUCUGAAAACGGCACUCAGAUUAAGAUCGAAUUCAAAGUUCAGGUAAUGAAUCACGCGCAUAUCGUUAACAGAGACGUGCAGUGGGUAAGCGUCGGAGUUCAGUACAUAAACCAAUCCGUCUGGGCAUCUCAGCUUGGGAUUAAAAUCAUUUAUCCAGGAAGAGUCAAGAAACCAGAUUUAAAGUUCUCUUUCUGGGCUGAUAUUGGAGGUCUUAGCAUUAUAGCAAGGUAUGUCUGUCUUAAGCACCACCUUUUUUCCGAAAAAAAAUAAUAAAUAAAGAAUCACAACGAGAGAGUUUUUCUCAGCCUCAAUACUUCCAGUCAAUAAUCACAAGUUAAACUCUCCCUACACACCCCCGCUUAAGUUUGCAAAAAAACUGUUCCGCCAUCCCUGUACCUUAUCUCUUGUAUACGAAAUCUUAACACACGGUUUAAUUAUUUUAUACCCUUCCAAAUAGGGAUGAGGCUAUCUAUCGACUGAUAUUGUACCAUUCCGAUUUGACCACUGAUGAAGUGGUGAGUGGGAUAAUUGAAUGGCCUUUGCCUCCUGUUCUCCUACUAAAAACAUGGCAGAAAGUUGGUUCGUCAAUUAAUAUGGAAGUCAUGAACGAUACAGAGACUGUUGUCAUGAAGGUGAGGAUGAUUGGCCUAGGUAAUAAAUAUCUCUUAUUUUUCAUUCAAAAUAUUUUUCCGUUUCUGAUUGGCUAAAAGUACACGUUUAAUUCACCAUAACCAGUUACUGAUGACCAAAUUUGGAAGAAUUUUGUGUUUAACGAGGAACUGACGUCAAAAAUGCAGCGUUUUCGCAGGUUAAGGCAUCGUUAACCGAGAAGACCUGGGGACGAGGUUAAGUUGUUUUGCUUGUGAACUUGAAAAAUGGCGGACAUUUCACUCGUUUCAAGAGUAAGAACUAGGCGAAAAAAUAGCUAAAAACAUGGCAAGAACAGCAAGAAGACAACUCGAAGGGCGACAUCUGCUAUUUGGAGAAUAUUUGCGGACCUGCACAAACCUAAACGUGCACUAUCGAAGAUGAACUUAACAUCGAUGGAUCGAUGGAGGUAAGCAUGUUUUAGCGAUGUUUUUAAACUAGGUAUUAUUUUGAAUGAAUAAUAAAACAAUUAUUGAAUUCGACUUUCGUAUCAUAUGAAGAAUUAUGGAGAUCUUGGAGGGUGUUAUCUACCUCGGCCUACGGCCUCGACGGAUAACACCCUCCUCGAUCUCCAUAAUUCUUCAUAAGAUACUCAGCCUCAUUCAUUAAUUGUUAAUUAUUAGCCGAGUUUUCGGUGCGUACUGUAAAUUACGGACCGAGUUUUUUUCCAUCAAUUUAUGGCCCAAGCGCGAAGCGCGCGGGCUAUAAAUCGAUGGAAAAAAACGAGGAUCCGUAAUUUACAGUACGAACCGAAAAAACGAGGCUAAUAAGAUGUUUAUUAUAUGGCUUCUUCCUGUUUGGGGGACCGGAAACAGGUGCAGGACGCACGAUUUGACAGUCAUUUGACAGGUGUCAAAAAAGAAAGUUUUUAUUGGCGCACGAAAACAAUAGCACAUAACAAAGGCUUUCCGAAAAAGUAAAAACAAAUUCGCCAUUGCCUAAUUUCAUACCGUGGGAGCCUGGCACUAGUUAUCAGUUUUGCCGGACGGAAGUGCAAAAAGAUGGCGGGAAAUGUGAAAGAAGACUCGCCCAAAAUGGCUUUUGCAGCAGUAAAAAAAGUCAUAAAUGAUGAUUGCCUUGAAUCACUCAACACAAAAAACUUGGGAGAACUUUGUAAUAGUCUUAAACUUAAAGCUUCCGGGACUAAAAGUGAAUUGUUACAAAGAUUGCUACCAUUUAAAGAUGACCCGGCUUUGCUCGACAACAGAGUGAAGAACAUCUCUGUGAAGUACAGCUUUACGACAGCCCUAUCGAGACAGGAGAUCCCACCACCAACAGCUGGAUGGAAAUGCAAUACUUCUCUCUUUCCCAAGAUUUCAAAAGACGUUAUCAAGACAUAUCAGUCUAAUAAGCGACAGGGAAUGAUAGGACAAUUUCGCAAAGCUCAUCGAAUGUUUUCUUCAAGACGAAUGAAAACCAUCAAGGUUUUCAAAAAUGGUAGCCAGUUAUUUGUCAAGUCAAGCAUAUUAAAAAGCUUUUCUUCUGAAGUUACACGAACUGCAACUGUCUUGUUCAUUGACAAUGUUCCCAAGAAAGGUUUUUGCGAAUGUGCUGUCGGGAAGUGUGGUCUCUGUUGUCAUGUUAUCGUUAUACUGCUACAGUUAGAACACUUCACAACACAUAAAAAGCUGUUUUUGUCUUUGACCUGUACAGAGAAGCUUCAAAUGUGGCAUCGACCAAAUGUAAAGAAAGGGAAAGAGGUAAAAGCUAACUUGAAGGCUGCUGCUCAUAUCAGACUCAAAUAUUUUAGAAAUGCCAAAUCAGCAAGACAUGUAAAUCAAAGAACAAAGAAGAAAGUUGUAGCUAGAGAUGUAAGUGAUGAAAACAGUGACUGGCUGAAACGAGAUAUUUCCUCCAUGAGCUCUCAAGUAGUAGAUGGCCUGUCUAAAUGCAGAAUCAAUUUAUCAAAUCAUUUUCUUAAAACUCUAGAGAAAUUUAAAAUAAGACACUCAGGAUUGUAUCACCAUUUGUCUUACAAAAAUGCUUAUCUGAACAGAGUUAUUCAAAAUGAACAUGACUACACAAAACUAAAUCCUCCAGCAAACCUGGAACAAAACUCCAAAACACCUUCUGAGUGUGAGGAUAAAUGGCACUCUUCAUUGAUAGCCAAUUCUAACAACUCUAACCAAGAUAAUUGCACAGUGGGACAGCCUACUUCAGAAUGUCAAGAGCAAAUAUUUUGUGCAGAUAAAACUCAAGAGUUGUUAGAAUUGCUUACAAACUCUAAAGAUGAGAUUAUAGCUGUUAAGGUCCCUCAGCUUAAAGAAGUCAGACUAACUACAAGUGCAAGAUACAUUGAUGUUCAACAAGGCACUUCUGAUUGGCUUAACCUGAGGACGGGGGUAAUAACAGCAAGUAAACUACCAUCACUCCUGGGUUUUCAUGGAAACAAAGAGUUUGAUUCAUCAUGGUUUUAUAUUCUAAACAAGAUAGAUGAAAGUAAAUGUAAACCAAAGCAAUACAGAAACUUUCAAAGAGGAAACUACUAUGAAAAAGAAGCUUUAGAGCACUUUCAGAAACUCUCUGGUAAGUCAGUUUAUUCGAAAAUAUUAAUAGUAACACAAUACUCUGAAAUUUAGCAAAUAAGUAUAUUACCAGCAUAUCAUGCAGUUAAUCAUGUACAUAACAUAAUCAAAUAGGAAUACACUUACAUGAACAUAAAUGUAAACAAAAAAAUUAAUGUAAGUUUGAGUAAUCAUGUAUUGAUUUCUAUUUUUUUCUACAGGUGUCCCAGUCUCAAGUUGUGGGUUUUUCAGACAUCCAUCAGACACAAACUAUGGAGCAAGUCCUGAUGGUAUUUCAGAAGCAUUUCUCGUUGAGGUCAAGACAAGAGCAGAAAACUCUGAAGCCCCAUUAGACAAAAUCACAGGCUCACAUAUUAUUCAAGCAAAUUUUCAGAUGUCUUGUGCAGGAGCAAAUCUUGUAUUUUUGCAAUCUUAUCACCCUGAAAAGAAAAGUUCAAAUAUAUUUUUCAUACCCAGAAAUGACCUGCUUAUAGAUGUCUUAAAAGAAAUAACUGAUCAUAUUUUACAUCACAAAAUUGUAAGUAAGUGGGAUUAUGAAGAGAAUAACCAUCUCUCUGAACUUGGAAAGAACUUAUUAAAUACUGUCCCUAGCUUUGACACAUUACGUCAAUUCCGUAAGUGGGUAAACCAAAUGACAAAGCAUAUAAAGAAGGUAGUCUUUGUUAAAACAUAGUCAUGUAAUAUCAACAGAGUUUUUUGGAACUAGUUGUAGUUGUUUUAUUUUGGUCCAACUGGUUUUUUUAACAUAUUAACAAUAUGUGCAAAUAUUUGGAAACAGCAACCAAGUAAAUCAAUUCUUGAGCUUGGCCAAGUUUUGCUUAGAAUUUGCCAAUCUCUGAUUCUUCCUAUGUAGUUUUCAAUGUAGAUCCUCAAUGUUGCAAUGUCAAAGUUCUUUACUACCUCAGUCUCAUCGAAUUGAUGAGAAAAUUUCAUUGGAGGUCUAUUGUGUAACAGGCCUUUCUCAUGACAAAUAUCUGUGAUAUUAAAGCCCUUGUCAGUCAUAACUGUCUUCCCUUUUGUGACUGUAUCUAGCACACAUGAUUGCUCUGUUAUGUCAGCAUCACUAAUGCUGCCAGGAAAUGCAUCGGUACAUUUGAGUAAAAAACCAGGAGGAAGGGUCCACAAACAUAUCUUCCCUGUGGUGUGGUUCUUGUAGUUCGAGAAUGUAAUAUUAUUAAUAUCAAAGUUCUCUGAUUGGGAGAUCCAAAUUUCAGUUGCAUCCCCUAUGAGAGCAGUAUCACCAUAUCCUGACUCCAUAAAACAUUUUGGCAUAUAGUCAUUCAAAAAUCCAGGUAAUGGGGUCAGGUCAAUAGACUCAAAAAUGGUGCUCAGGAAUACACACCAUCCUACAAAAAUUCUACUCAUAGUUGAUAUACUUGAACCAGUCAUCCAUGCAAUAACACCAAGGUCCAAUGCAUGUCUACAAAUUGUCAAGAAACUGAUAAGUUCUGUCUUUGUGUCCAGCUUUCUAAGAUAGGACGAGUCGUCAUUGUUACAAUCAGGAUAAACAAUUGUGUGCAAGAAAGGCUCCAAACAUUCAUAUAGACAAUCUAAUUCGGAAAGUGAUAAUCCUGUCAUAUAGUAAAUUCUAUCUGGGUAUCUCAUAAGUGCUUCAUAACUAAAAGUUUGGCCUUCGAGUGCUUUCUUCAUUGCAUUGAGUUGCUGACUGUUGUUCGCAGCAUUUUUUUCAAGUUCUGUUUGAGUCUUUGACAGCUGUUGCUGUAAAUCUUCAAUCAAAGCCUUUUUUCCAUUUAGUUCUCUCGUCAAACUUUCCACUUGACUUUUAAGCUUCUGAUUUUCUUUUUCUACGUUCGCAGCUGAAACCCGUCGCUUUUUAACACGCGGUACGGGAGUUUCACUCCUGUCUUUCGGGGGUUUCCUUGGAGUACUCCUCACGGUAUUGGCAUUCGACGAAGUAAGAACCGUUUUUGUACAGUCAAUUUUCCUUUUCAAUUCCCUAGAUGGUUUUUGGGAGUACUCUUUUUCCAGAUUAGCAGCAUAUUCUUUUGUACAAAUUAUGUCUGGCAAUUGAUUCUUGUUCUCUCGUUUCCCCGAGCUCCAGUGAGCGCUGCAUAUAACAUGUUUUCUCCAGUUAAUAUUUUCGUUCAUAAGAACUUUCCUAUAUCCUUUUUGAAGCUCAGGAUCGCUGGGCAAAGUGUAGUACGUUAUUCCUUUAGUUCUGUAAUUAUUCGUACACAAAGAACUGGCACAAUUCCAAUGCCAAGUUUUCGUGUAAGUCGCCAUCUCUACGCCAUCAAACUGAAGUGCACUUCCGUCCGGCAAAACCGAUAACUAGUGCCAGGCUCCCACGGUAUGAAAUCAGGCAGGUCAAAACUAAGAGCACUGUAAGUUUUAGCUCUUCUCUUGGGCAAAACAUCUGGAAUCUCUGCCAGUCGAUUUUCGUCUUCUUAACUGUGUACUACGAUAAAAUUUUCAAACACUGACUAGAAUCCUCCUCGAUAAGAUUACGAGUUAGUUUCUUCAUCGUCUUCUUUCACAAAUAAACACAGUUUAAAAUGUUGAAGGCCAAAGUCAACAUCCAAGUCCUCAAGGUUGACAGGCGUCUUAUAACUUUAUUUAAACAUUUUUUCCCGAGGUAAGGAGAUUUAGACCUCCGAAAUGAGCAUUUCUUUAAACAUUUUGGUCCGUAUAGCAAGUUACGGACCGCAAAUUGACCAAUCGCAUGGCGAAAACAGACUCAGCCAUAUAAUAAUGGCUCUUAUCUAAACAGAAUCAAUCCUCCCCUCUCCCCUUACAAGUCUGCCUACUUGUCUGUAUUGCUUGUACCACUUAUUUUAGCUUCUACAUUUUUUGUUUUUUCCAUGCCGCCCACAGGCGUUUUUUUCUUUUUCUUUUUUCUAAACGCGACCUAAAGGUACGUGGAAGAGGGGCAGGCAAGGGAAAGGGGCGAAGAGAAAAUUGAGAAAAAAAACUAACCCUAACCCUCCCCUUCCCCUAUUUUGACGCGUCAACCUCUCGGUCAAUCGAAAGUCCAAAUCUAUCGCACAGCGGGGAGUAAGCAGCAUAUUCAGCUUUGAAAUUGAGUUAGUAGUCAAUUUUAAUCAAUAAUAGCCAAAAGCAUACAUUUGUAGUCUCAAGCACAAAGCCUUUAUCUUUCAUUUCCAGUGUCAAAAUAUUUAAUGAAUUUAUGGUCAGUAAGGGUCUCUAGUCUCCAUUCUAUUUGAAACUUAUUGCUUUUCAGUUUGGAGAACUCAAGUUUGCAGAUACAAUCGACCUCAAAGUCACCUUUUAUCUCGACUUACACAAGAUGAGAGCUGACGGAAAAGUCCAUAACUUGACAAUACACUUAAAUAUCAAGUAUAACGGGACACCAAACGCGUGCAGCUCUUUAUCAGCUUCUCGCGAGUUUAUUUAUGACAAACUGGUAGCUGCUUCUAUCAAGUAUUACGUCCCACGUAAGUUUAAACAUUUACCAUUGGAAGUCACGAGGUGCAUGCGCAUUCCCGAGAAGUGUUGCAGAACAGUGUUUUGGGAAUGGGGACUCCAGGAAAAUUCACUUUGGAUAUUAUCCAAGCCCGAAUAUAUUUCACAGCCAAAUUUCGUUUUUCCUUCUCGUAUUUUAAACCUUAACAAAAGCAUUAACCCUAGGACAAAAGGGCUUAAAAUUUAAAAAAAACAUAUCCUUUGGAGCCAAGCAGACCUCUAUACACUGUAGCUACUGUGAUAAAGUUCCCCUUUUCAUAUUGACUUGUCUUCAUUCACUUAUUAUAUCUCAUUUAUUCCAUUCCAUAUUGCAUUUUAUACUCCAUUAUUUAUAAUAAAUAAAUAAGUAAUCAAACGUCAGAUCGAGUGGCUAAAAAAGGUACGAAAGAAAAUCGUCCAAGUAGUUGUAUCACUAUUUGAGUCAAGAAUGCUUGUGAAGAAAAUAACAUUCGACUUGAAAAGCACAAUUGAAAUUUUGUUAUUCAAAACUGGGAAUUGAAAAAAUUAGUGCUGAUUCUGGGAUAAAUGUCAUGCAAUCUUGUUAUUAAUGGCAUGGGUUCUU